CGACCUUUCUCCAUAUUCGUCGCUGUUGCUGCUGCCUCUCGUCGAUACGAGCGUCUCUUGAGUAUUCAGGACCGCUGUCAAGGGCGAGGCCAUGGCAGAGGUCAUCACCACAGUCUUAACGACCAACACUACAUACGAAAAUGGCGCAAGCUGGGGCAUCCUUGGAUAUUACCAGACUGACGGCACGGUCGGGUCAGUCCAGUGCCAAUCUGGGAGUAUAUACAUCACAAAUACCGCCACCAGCGGCUUAGGCGCGUGCUGCCACAGCACAGCAACAGGAUGCGCGUUUGGUGUUUCCUGUGACGGACCUGUGAUUUUCUGGGCAGGUGGAUCUAGUAGCUCUACAUGUUCGGAGACCUGUCGUGGAAGGACCGUCGUUGGAAGCGCGAUCGACUACGAGCCCUGGACUGCAUCGUCGUAUGUGUGUAUGGAAGAGGAUGAUUACAGGACGGAUCUUAGUUGGACUCUCGAAGUGCCGGUAACAACCACAAUAAUAGGUUCAGCGUCCUACAUCUCCUCCGUGAAAGACGCCGAGACCUCCACUGCUACGCCGGCACCUCCACCAUCAACUGUGGCCUCUGCAACGGCCCCGCCAGAGUCCGGGAAUGAAGACGACGGGGGGGAUGGAACGAACGUCGGGGCAAUCGUAGGAGGAGUGGUAGGAGGCGUGGCCGGUCUGACACUGAUUCUGGCGGCGGUGUGGUUCUAUAUGCGACGGAGGAAGCAAAAGGAGGGAGAAAUGAGGGAGCUUGGAGCUGGUUAUGUGCCUCCGACGCAGGAUAAGUGAAGUGAUUAUACUGGAUACCCUAUUUUGUUGUUUAUAUCACGCGUGCCCUGCAUUGCAUAUAGGCCCGGCACGACUUUACAUACUAAUCACAUUUCAUGAUCAGCGUAUUCCGCUGAAAUGAUAUUAUUUUGCGCUGGAGCUCUAUCCACUUGGAGAUUCUCCGCUCCAUCCUCAUCCGCCGCCCACCGGUGGUCUUUCAGGAUCAUCAUGCAACCGGGCCAGUUCUCAUAACUGAACUCCAGGCCCACAGAUCGCAGCAAAGC